AUGUGGGAUCCAUUAAAAGAGUUUGAAUUAGGACUGAUAUUCUCAUCUAGAGAGGAUGUCCAAAAAGCUGCCAAAGAAUAUCAUUUACAUAAGCACCAUGAGUUUUGUAAUGAGGAGACAAAGAGUAAAACAUAUGCCAUUAGGUGCAAAGACAUAAAGAGCAAUUGUAAGUGGAGAUUGCGUGCCUCACUAGGGAAAGGAAGUGAUAUAUGGAAAAUUACGAGAUAUAAUGGACCACAUACAUGUGUUAAUCCAUCACUGUCACAAGAUCAUAAGCAAUUGGAUAGCAAAUUUAUAUCUGAUUUCAUUCUCGCCAUUGUACGUGAACAACCCAAUGUGAAGAUAGGAGCGUUACAGUCUAAAAUGAAAGAUAAGAUUGGAUAUAUGCCAAGUUAUCGAAAGACCUGGAAGGCUAGGCACGAUGCAAUUAUUAAGAUCUUUGGUGAUUGGGAGGAAUCUUACGAAAGGUUGCGACAAUUUAUGCUUGCUUUGUGCAAACAGAACCCUGAAAGUAUGUUCUUCAUUGAAGAUGAUCCUUUUUCUGUUAAUAAUAGAUUAGAUCCUGCUUAUCGGGUUUUCGAUAGAAUGUUUUGGGCAUAUAAACAAACAAUAGAAGGAUUCAAGAACUGUCGACCGGUUAUAUUCAUAGACUCAACUUUUUUAUAUGGGAAGUACAAAUGA